UCAGUGAUCCAGAAGCUUCUGCACCAUGAGUGUCUCUGCAUUGAAGUCCACUAUAUUCCCAGCCAGUAUCUCUGAGCUCCUCCAAGCCACCUCCUUGCUCGUCCUGCUUCUGCUGGUGUUCAAGGCUGUCCAGUUCUAUCUACAAAGGCAAUGGCUGCUCAAGGCCUUCCAGCAGUUUCCAAGCCCACCAUCCCACUGGCUCUUUGGGGACAAGAUCCAAGGAGACCAGGAGGUACAAUAUAUUAUGGAAUGUGUACAGAAAUUUCCAAGUGCUUUUCCUCGCUGGCUCUGGGGAAGCAAAGCUUUCUUUACUAUCUAUGACCCAGACUACAUGAAGGUGAUUCUGGGGAGAUCAGAUCCAAAGGCUAAUGUUGCCUACAGAUUCCUGGCCCCCUGGCUUGGGUAUGGUUUGCUCCUGCUGAAUGGGGAGACAUGGUUCCAGCACCGGCGGAUGCUGACCCCAGCCUUCCAUUAUGACAUCCUGAAGCCCUAUGUGGAAACCACAGCAAACUCUGUCAGAGUGAUGCUGGACAAAUGGGAGAAGCUCAGUGGACAAGACUCCCCUCUAGAGAUCUUCCAACACAUCUCCUUGAUGACCCUGGACACCAUCAUGAAAUGUGCCUUCAGCUAUCAGGGCAGCGUCCAGUUAGACAGGAAAUCCCAGACAUACAUCAAGGCCAUUGGAAAUCUGAAUGACCUGUUUCAUUCUCGUGUGAGGAAUAUCUUUCACCAGAACGACAUCAUGUACAGUCUGUCCACUAAUGGCCGCACAAACAACAAGGCUUGCCAAAUCGCCCAUGAGCACACAGAUCAAGUGAUCAAGCAAAGGAAGAUUGAACUACAGAAUGAGAAAGAGUUGGAUAAGCUGAAGAAGAAGAGACGUUUGGAUUUUCUGGACAUUCUCCUGUUUGCCAGAAUGGAGAACGGAAGCAGCUUGUCUGACAAGGACCUGCGGGCCGAAGUGGACACGUUCAUGUUCGAGGGCCAUGACACCACAGCCAGUGGCCUCUCCUGGAUCUUGUACACUCUGGCCACACACCCUGAACACCAGCAGAAGUGCAGGGAGGAGGCCCAGAGCCUCCUGGGAGAUGGAGCCUCUGUUACCUGGGAACAUCUGGACCAGAUGCCCUACACCACCAUGUGUAUCAAGGAGGCCCUGAGGCUGUAUCCACCAGUUCCAGCUGUUGUCAGAACGCUGAGCACACCUGUCACCUUCCCUGAUGGACGCUCCCUACCCAAAGGUGUCCUAGUCACACUCUCCUUUUAUGCCCUUCAUCACAACCCAAAGGUGUGGCCAAACCCAGAGGUGUUUGACCCUUUUCGGUUUGCACCCGAUUCUGUCCGACACAGCCAUUCAUUCCUACCCUUCUCAGGAGGAUCAAGGAAUUGCAUUGGGAAGAUCUUUGCUAUGAAUGAGAUGAAAGUGGUUGUGGCCCUGACUCUGCUCCGCUUUGAGCUGCUGCCAGAUCCCACCAGGAUGCCCAUCCUCCAACCUCGACUUGUACUGAAGUCCAAGAAUGGGAUUUACCUGCGUCUCAGGAAGCUCCACUAACCCUGAGCAAAUCCUUUGUGAAACUUGGCUACGUGGGAGCCUCAGGAGCUGGCAGGUGUGAGAACUCAUCUCACCAGGAAAGCCAGAUGUGGUGGUACACAUCUGUGGUGCCUAAGCCAACCCCAAACAAAGUGCAAAACUGUAUUUAGAAAAAUAAUAAAGAUUUAGAAAAAAAUUCUCUCUUAGUGUCUUUACAUUUCUUUCUCUUUUCUAAGAGAUCCUUCUGAUUACAUCACAUCCAUGAGAUAAUCCAGGCUAAUUUCUCCAUUUCAAUAUCCAUUUUUAAUUAAAACUUGAGAGUUCCUUUUGACAUACAAGGUAACAUACUCAUGAGCUUCAAAAUUAGGAGGUAGAAAGAAGCUUAUUAUUCUGCUUAGUGUAGCUCUGUCACCUGGUCUAUCAUCUAAUCUCUUCUGCAUGGUCUCUGCCUCUCUAUCUUCACUUCUGUUUGCAAUA